AUGAUCCCUCGGUGGCUGUUGCUUGUGGUCGGCCUGUGGCUGGCUUGGUCCGCGCAGCUGGCCACGGCCAAGGGGGACACACCCAAACUCUCGUCUGAGGUCCUCGACCAUGCGCCUUACGACUUGUUCUACUUCAAGGGCACCGAGACUGUUCUUUACCGCGACCCGAAGAAGCGCACAGCACACGUCUCGUUCGAUGGAGGCUCGAAAUGGGAUAUCAUCAAGGGCCCUGAUGGGAAGAUGGAGGGCGCUGCCGCCGUCAUCUGGCCGCACCCUUAUGACCCGAAGCGCGCGUAUGUGCUCGGCGAGAAGGGCCAGCACUGGAUCACAACUGACCAGGCUGAGAGCUGGAGGUCCUUCGACAUUCAGGCCCGUCCUAUGAUGACGGAGCGCGGCACCCCUCCCCUCGCCUUCAAUGGCUGGGACCCUGAGAAGGUCAUCUUCAUGGGUUUGGAUUGCUCUUCCAUCAUUGGGUGCAUGCCCAAGGCUUGGUAUACCACCGAUGACUUCAAAACAUGGAAUCUGAUGCAGGAGAUGUUCUAUUCAUGCAUGUGGGCAGCGGGUACUCCGGAGUUCGGACAAGACAUGGAUUUGUCCGAGACGUUUGGGGACCGCGUCCUGUGCGUGGUGCCGGGGCUGAGAGGCAUCGAUCAUUCCGAACGCUUGAUUUUUUCAGAAAAUUUCUUCAAAGAUGGGAUUGAUGGUACCGAGGUGAAUCUGGACCGUGGGCGGCCGGUCAGCGGCCAGCAGAUCAUCGCUCGCUCAGUGAAAAAAUACAUCGUGGUUGGUUUGCAGUCUCAAGGCACCACUGAACAAGCGCUUUACAUCAGUGAUGAUUCGAAGGAGUGGCACCGCGCCGAGUUCCGCGGACACCGCAUUGAGCAGGAUGCGUAUACGGUGCUAGAAAGUACUAAUUACAGCAUCCAGGUGGAUGUACAAACGACAUGGCAUAAAAAUAGCGUGGGCGUCCUGUUCUCCUCCAACUCCAACGGAACCUACUUCACUCCCAACAUUGAACAUACCAACCGAGAUGGCAACGGCUUUGUCGACUUCGAGAAGGUUGCAGAUAUCCAGGGCAUUGUAAUUGUCAAUACAGUCAAGAAUUGGAAGGAUGUUGAGGAGUCUGAUAAGGCAGACAAGAAGCUAGUCAGCAGCAUCAGUUUCGAUGACGGAAGGAAGUUUCAACCUCUCAAGGCCGAUGGCGACGAACUCCAUCUUCACUCGAUGACCACCUACGAUGCGCUCCACGAGCUGGCCACCAUCGGCCGAAUGUUCUCGAGCCCUGCACCUGGCUUGGUGAUGGGCGUGGGCAAUACUGGCGACCACCUCAAAAAGUACUCCGACUGCGACCUCUACGUAUCCGAUGACGCGGGUCUUACCUGGCGGCGCGCGCUCAAGGGGCCACAUCACUUUAAGUUCGGUGAUCAGGGCGGCAUCAUCGUGGCCGUCAGUGACGACGGCAAGACCGACAAGAUCCAAUACUCUCUCAACCACGGCAAGGACUGGGAGGAUCCUAUCAAACUCGAGCACAAAAUCAAGCCUAUUUAUAUUACGACCACCCCGGAGGCGACCAGCCUGAAGUUCAUGCUUAUCGGCGAGUCCAGCGAGAAAGACGGGUAUCUCAUGUACACCAUUGACUUCGAUGGUCUUCACGAGCGCAAAUGCACCAAGGACGACCUCGAGCCUUGGUGGGCCCUCCUGGAUGAAGAUCGUAACCCGAAAUGUCUCAUGGGCCACAAGCAGAAGUUCAUGCGUCGUAAGGCCGAUGCGGAAUGCUUCAUCAAGGAAGACAAACUGGACCCGCCCAUUUUUGAUCAGUGCGAAUGUACCAAGGCGGACUUUGAAUGCGACUACAACUUCAUGCGCACCGAUGAUAACGAGUGCGUGCCGGCUGUGCCUUUGACUCCGCCUGCGGGCAAGUGUAAGAAUGCAGGCGACACAUACAAGGGUCCCUCGGGCUGGCGGCUCAUACCUGGCAACGCGUGCCGCCGCAAGGACGGCGCGAGCUUUGACGAGGAGAUCGAACGCUCUUGUGCAGACACUGGCUCGCCUGGCGGUGGCAGUGCUGGCGGCGGUGGUGACGGGAAGGUUCAUGCGGGCAAGGCGCACGAAUUCGCUGGUGCCCAUCCGGAUUACUUCUAUCUCGAGCGGCAGACGAGUAACUCGGGAGAUGACGAGACUAUCUUCCUCGUCACUGGCAAGAAAGAGGUAUAUGUCACGCACGACCACGCCAAGACCUGGGAGCAGCCCAAGGAACUCGAGGGCGAGCAGAUUGUGGGCAUGAUCCAGCAUCCUUACUACACCGACGGCGCUUACUUCUUGACUGGCGGCGACACAGGUUACUCGACCAUCAACCGCGGCGAUACAUUCAAGAAAUUCAAGCUGCCGACCUCCUUGGAGAACAGGCCGAAGAACGGCCCGAACCCCCUCGCCUUCCAUGAGAAGUACAUGGACUGGAUGAUUUGGAUGGGCAAUGAUGAGUGCAAGGGAAGCGACUGCGUUCCCGAUGCAUACUUCUCCAAAAACCGCGGCGCUGACUGGGAGGGCCCUGACCUUCGUGGUGUCGGCCAGUGCGUCUUUGCUUACCACAAUGGCCGCGAGGAGAGUGAGAACCUUGUUAUUUGCGAGCAAUAUGAGAAGGAAAGCAAGAAGAACAACCGCCAGCUCGUGUCCAGUGACUCCAAGGAUAACUGGUUCGGUGACCGGAAGGUCAUAAACGAGAAUAUCGCCCACUUCGUGACCAUGAACGACUACAUUGUCGUGGCGACGUUCCCGACCGAGAAGCACAAGUUCCUGAAUGUCAGCACUAGCAUGGAUGGCCGCGUCUUCGCGCAAGCCCAUUUCCCUGUCAAUGUUGAUGUCCAGCAGUACACAGUGAUGCCAGGUUCCAUCGAUGCCCUGUUCCUGUUUGUCCAGAUCAACUCCGAGCCAGGCCACGGCUAUGGCCAGCUGGUCAAGAGUAACAGCAACGGCACCUAUUUCGUCUCCAGUCUGUCAGCCGUAAACGUGGAUGACCGUGGCUAUGUUGAUUUUGAGAAAAUGGCUAACCUCGAGGGUGUCGCGCUCGCUAAUAUCGUCGCGAAUGUCGACGAUGUGAAGAACAAGGGCUCAAGCAAGAAGCUGCGGUCCGUAAUUACCCACAACGAUGGUGGUCAGUGGGCUCUGCUUCCGCCUCCUACUCGGGACGUCGAGGGCAAGAAGUUCGGCUGCUCCGUUACCGAGGGUAAGGGCACCGAGUCGUGUGCGCUUCAUCUACACAGCUACACGGAACGUCGCGACUGGCGGGAUACUUUCUAUUCCGGCUCGGCUAUCGGCGUGAUGAUCGGCGUUGGCAACGUUGGCGAGUACUUGUCGAGCAGCGACAAUGACGGUGUCGGCACUUUCCUGAGCAAUGACGGCGGCAUCACCUGGAAUCAUGUCAAAAGGGGUCGGUAUAUGUUUGAGUUCGGUGACGCAGGGUCUGUCAUCGUGCUCGUGCGCGAGCUGGAGCCCACCAAGUCUGUCUUCUAUAGUCUCGACGAGGGUAAGUCUUGGGCGGAGUUCCAGUUCUCCGAGACCGAUGUGAUUGCCUUGGAUAUCUCGACCGUCCCCUCGGAUACCUCCAAAAGCUUCGUCUUAUGGGUCCGGGAUCCCACUCAGUCCGGUCGGUUUGCCACCAUCCCCAUCGACUUCAGCGGUAUCUGGGAUCGCGAGUGCACUUCGCCUGAUGGCAACGAGCCCAGCGAUGAUUACUACCUAUGGACUCCAAAGCACCCGAUGCAGGAUGAUAACUGUCUGUUCGGCCAUGUGGAGCAGUACCACCGCAAGCGGCCCGAUAAGCAAUGCUGGGUGAACUGGCGUGAGCCGCAUGUUCACCGUGUUGAAAGCUCGAACUGUACCUGCGCACGCGCGGACUUUGAAUGCGACUUUAACUACGAGAUCCAAAGCGACGGUAGCUGCGGCCUUGUCCCUGGCUUCCAGCCGCCCGACCACAGUCUUUCAUGCAAGGACGACCCUGAACAAGUCGAAUACUGGGAGCCCACUGGAUACCGCCGUCUCCCACAGACAACAUGCCAGGGCGGCACCGAACUGGACAAGCUCCAGCCCCACGCCUGCCCUAACAAGGAGAAGGAAUUCGAGCGGAAACACGGCAUCAGCGGCGUCGGCCUCUUCUUCGCCAUUAUCAUCCCGAUUGCCGCCGCCGCUGCCUUCGGCUACUUUGUCUACACCCGAUGGGACGGCAAGUUCGGCCAGAUCCGCCUCGGUGAGGCCGGCGCGGCGGGCCAGGGCUGGCUCGCCCGGGACUCGACUCUGAUCGCCAUCCCGGUGGCUGUCAUUGCGGGCGCUGUCGCUGUGGCCCAGGCACUGCCCAUGCUGGUUAUGAGUCUGUGGCGCAGUGUUAGUGGCUUUGUGCGCGCCCGUAGCCGUGGAUACCAGCGGCCGUACGCGACAAGGGGCUCUUUUGCCGCGCGCCGGGGUGACUACACGCAUGUCGUGGAUGACGAGGAUGAGUUGCUCGGUGCGGAUGAACUCGACGAUGGCGAGGUGUCGUAG